AAAACUAACUUUGUAAUGUUUAACAACCCUACCCUAGAACUGUCCUUUAAUAUUUGUGCUUUUGGGUAGCCCCAGACAUUGCCAGCAGUUACAGUGCAGGACUAAGCAACCACAGCAGACUUUUCUUCCCAGAGAGAAUGUAGAACAUGUGCCAAACUGCAUAGGGAAUCCUCCUGUCAUCUCUUACCCAUUGGCUCAGAUGUCCAUGUCAAAUACCCCCAGGUGGCACUUGCAGUGUAAAUUUAGCCAACCUAUAUAUAAAGACCCACUUGGUCCUCAGCUAUCCGGUUGUCAAUUUUGCAUUCAGUUCAGGCCUUAUUUGGUCUCCUGUCAUUAACAGAACAUAUAUACACAUCUAUUGACACAUGGAUUAAGUCAAUCAAAUUGUUUUAAUUUGGUGCGGUGGUGAUUAAAAGCAGUAGGUUAUAAAAAAAUUAAUCUAUACAGAUUAAGAUGUCCAGUAUACUUGCUGUUGCUUUUUCCCAUGCAUUUCUAUCGCUCCACCUGAUGUUCAAAAUGGCAGCAGGGGCCGCAGUCUAGUUUUGCCGCUGUUGACGACUUUCAACAGUCUGCAUAAUAAAGAUAAAGGCCCUCCUACUUCUCAUAUGUCGUCAUUUAGGCUUGCCCAGAAAGAAAUACAUACGGGAGAAAAUUGGAGGAAAACUAGCCCAACUGAACCGCCAGCUCAGCCCAGGCCCUUUUUUUUAUUCGAGGCUUCAUUGUUUUUCGGUCCUCGGUGAAAGUAGGAGAUGAGGGGGCUCCUGCCGUUUUACCGGGCUCUGAACGCCCUGUGUAACCGACAAGUCAAGCGAAGAGCUGGAUUUGCCGGUUCUCAGUGCGGGUUUAGCGGAACCGUGUCUGAUAGCAAGCCACAGCCACGCUUUGGCCUGCUGUUUGACAUCGAUGGCGUUCUUGUCCGGGGAAAGAUGCCCAUCCCUGCUGCAAAAAAGGCAUUCCAAAAACUGGUCGACUCUCAAGGACAAUUUGUGGUGCCAGUUGUUUUUGUUACCAACGCAGGGAAUUGCAUGCGGCAGACGAAAGCGGACCAGCUCUCUCACAUCCUGGGUGUGCCUAUCACUAUGGACCAGGUGAUGAUGUCACACAGUCCACUGAGGAUGUUCAAGAAGUACUAUGACAAGUGUGUUCUGGUGUCAGGACAAGGACCCGUCCUAGAUAUUGCCAAAAACUUGGGCUUCCAGAAUGUGAUCAGUAUCGACAUGCUGAGAGAGUCAUUUCCUCUUCUGGACAUGGUGGACCACAACAGACGACCCAAAGUGCCGUCCAGUCCAAUUGCCAACCUUCCCAUGGUAGAAGCUGUUAUUCUUUUUGGGGAGCCCAUCCGAUGGGAGACCAACCUCCAGCUGAUAAUUGAUAUCCUGUUGACCAAUGGGAACCUGAGCGGAGCCCACCAGAGCCAGAAGCUACCCCAACUCCCCCUGCUGGCCUGCAACAUGGACCUCAUGUGGAUGGCCGAGGCCCAGUCUCCACGGUUUGGUCAUGGGACGUUCCUUGUGUGCUUGGAGAACAUCUAUAAGAAAAUAACAGGUAAAGAGGUGAAGUACAAGGCUCUGAUGGGGAAGCCCAGUGAACUGACCUAUCACUUUGCUGAGUACCUUAUCAGAGGCCAGGCCGUGGAGAGAAACUGGACACAGCCCAUCACCACCCUCUAUGCUAUUGGGGAUAACCUGAUGACUGACAUCUAUGGGGCCAACCUCUACAACCGCUACCUGGAAGAGAGGACAAGGAGGAAGAACUCCAAAGCAGUCGCCAAGAUGGCCACCGCCACGGGCUCCAACGCAGCCCUGCCCCGGGUGAACGACCACGUAGAGAAUACCUGGGAGAGCGAGCUGGCACCCCCCUCCGCCACCUCCUGCAAAUCUAUCCUGGUAUGUACUGGGGUGUACAACCCCCACACAGAGGUGCCCACUGACACCAACCAGUGCAUCAAGGAGACUGUGUUCCACGGGCACCGUGACUUCCGCUUUGACCCGGCGCUGGUGGAGCCCGGGCACAUCGUGCAGGACGUGGCUGACGCUGUGGAGCUCAUCUUUGAGCAGGAGAAGUUUGUGCCUCAGUAAAGUUCUCAAGAUUGGUGUCGUCAUGGCGACCUCAGUAGUUUUCGGUUGGCCUGUGCCGGCCAUAGAAUCAGAAUUGAUUCUAUUCUAAUUCUAUGAUUCUGGCUUUAAAAGGAAGGGGUGCUCAAAAUGAUACAGAGCAAAUCCAACCAACUGACUAAUCUGUCCAGUGUUAUGCAGAUUUGUUUUGCAUGGUACAAUGGACAUGGAGAUUCCCUUGGUUUUUAGCAGGAAAACACCACACACUGAGUUACUUUGGACAGUGUUUACAACUUGUCAGGGCAUUGAAGGUUCUUAAGAGGUCAUAUUCAAACUCAUAAUGGUGUAAAGUAUUGAACUCUUAUUCCUUCUGUUGUAUUGUUUUAUAGUGGGUUUAAAACUAAUCAAGUUUAGCACAAUUACCCACUUUUAAGUAAUGGCAUUUGAUUUGAAUAAAAGCCUUAUUUAAUGGUA